CUCAUUGUGUACGCUGGUGACUCACCGGGAAGUCCGCGCUAAGCUUUCCUCAGGAAUCGACCUGAUUUGUUACGGGCCUGCCCGCAGAUCCGAUCCGAAAGCUCGGCGAUGUUUUUUUCGGAUCGGCCUUAUUUUCCAGCAUCAGGUGCAGCUUGGUUUUCACAAUCAUGUCAAAGGUGUGUGAUAUAAUACUAUGUUCUUGUCAGUAUUCAGGCACACUUGUGUCUUUGAGUAUCCUAAAGACAUGACUUCCAACUUAAUAUUCAGAGGAGCGCAUUUGUUGUGGCCUAUGGGGUCCCAGCAGAUACGUGAAAGCGGUGAUUAUGAUACAGUAGUACGAAGAACGACUAAACAUUUUCGAUCCCUUCGACGCCGUUUUAAAGGAUCUGAUGCCGACCGCAAUGCAGCACAGGGGAUUAAACAAAGACAAACUUGAAGCUGCACUUACUUCGACGGAUACCACAACAAGUGACCAAUCAGGGAAACAGAUCCAGAAUGCUUGACACGUACGUACUUACGUGUGAUUGGUUGAUUGGUUGUCGAGUAUGGCGGACACACCAAACAGAAACAAGCCAAGUGUUGGAGGGCUGUGUACUCUACAAUCAAGAUGAAUUCUCAAAAUUAAGGCUCCAUCACCUUCUGCCAGUGCUGGACCUCAUCGCGGUGCAGGAGAGAAACACACAGAGUGGCCAACACAGCACACAGCCUGGUGUCAUGAUAACGGAUGUAGACAGUAAUGAACAGCGUCAUUUGUGGAAUCACUGUGUUGACCUUGAACGUCAUUUUGAUGAUGGUUCUUGUUGGCCUGGUGUCCAAUACAGCUGACACACAGACCACGUGCACGUUCUCCAUCAACAAGACAGCAAUCCUUGCUGCAGCGCCGACUUGGGAAGAGGGCCGUAGAGCAGAGGACAUACGCACAAGCAUCGCCAGCAUCUACACACACAAGUCUAACUUGGACAAGGCAGCUGUUCAUCUGCUCAUUGACCCUGUCUUCAACUACACAGAUGCUGUUCCCACGCUCCGACUCAGACAUCACCUAAAUGUAACUUUCAUCAGUGAUACGAUUACCUACAUAGAUGGUGCUCUGACAGUCAAGACCGGGGGCUACUAUUUCAUCUACAGCCAGGUCCUAUUCAGUGGCAACGGAACCCAGGAGUUGGACUAUGGGCGGAUCAUUCACGCAGUGGUGAAACAGAAGGCGUCAGAGCUGGAGGAAGCACCAACACCCCUGAUGAGGAACCUACAGUCCACCCCCAGCAUCAGACGGGGACGUCUCGCCUACACCACCAGCAGCCUCGGGGCCACCUUCUACCUGGAGGCCAACACCAGGGUCAAGGUCAUGUCCAGUGUUCCCGGGAACAUCCAUGUCGGAGCACCUCACUCCAACUACUUUGGGAUGUUCCUGAUAUAAUGUUCAGAAACUUUAGGUAAUAAAAAUUCAACAUUUAUCAUACUUUGUUUACAAAAGGAGUAGCGAUUUAUAUAAGAGACACAUUAUUUUCAAUAAAAUUUGUUUUACCAAGUGUGACAAAUAUGUAUGGAACCAACACAGAAAGGAUUUAUUAUACCAUCCAAAGAUAUAUAGUCAUACAAAAUGAGUUUUUGUCUUCAGUGCUUCGAACUUUUCGGUGAAGACAAUGUUGAAACAGAAUGACGAUGAUGAACAUAAUUCAUAGAUGCACAAUGUAGCUCAAUAUAACCAGCUAUAGGCCUGCUCUUUACAAGUACGCCAUCUUCUGUAAACAUGAGUGUUUGUAAUUCGUUUUCAUGUGCCCUUGACUCAGUAAAUUUGUAUUCGUGUGCGGGAGUACAUUACUAUGCAUUCAUGAUCACUUGUACAAUUUCUUUGUAAAACAAAUCAGCUGUAUAGAACUUUUACUUUGUUCCCAGACAAUAAAUCACACACGGUGAAUAUCUUAAAAAGUG